UCAAAGCAUGGUCAAAGACACAAAUCAGCACAGUUUCUUGGCAUUUGUGUUUUCAUUUCGAAAAAAAAAAAUGUUGUCACUGAAAUGGAUGAAAUUUUCUUCACUGUUAGGACAGCAAAACGGAUAUUUCAGGGAAAUUUUACUCAUAUGCUCCGACAUCUAACUGUUUCGAGUUGGCAGACGACGCAAGUCUCAUAAUCGGCGCACACGCAGGUUCGCUUGAAGUUUGAUGGUGCUGCUUUCUGGCCUGUAAUAUUUGGUCUGUGAUCAUGUCCAAUUUAACUUUUACCACAAGAUUACUGACACUUCACAUUGGGAGACUCAACAUUAUCAAGUUUGGCUACAGGACUCGGAACUUGGUCUUGGUCGGUUUUCACAAAAUAGGCUCCCAAAACUCUCUUCACCAAGCAGUGCUGUUGUCGACCAGACGAGGGCUGUAUUCUUCUACAUCCUUUUUGGCAAGUGUGGCGAGAGGAAGUGCUCUGGUCCUGGGAAUUGAGACAAGCUGUGACGAGACGGGAGCAGCUGUGGUCGACGAGACAGGGAAUGUGCUCGGAGAGGGAUUGUGCUCGCAGAAAAGAAUCCACGUCAAAAAUGGAGGUGUGAUCCCUCCUCUAGCCCAGGACCUCCACAGGCAGCACAUUGACGGUGUCGUUCAGCAGGCAUUGCGGAAUGCCGGAGUAGAGCUCAAGGAUGUGUCAGCCCUGGCAACCACCACCAUGCCUGGUCUGGCCCUGUGUCUCCAGGUCGGCCUGCAGUACAGCAAGGACCUGCUGCGUCGGUUACCGUUGCCGUUCAUACCGGUGCAUCACAUGAUCGCCCACGCGCUCACAGUGAGGAUGAUUGAAAAGGUUGACUUUCCGUACCUUGUUCUGCUUGUCUCCGGUGGUCAUUGCUUAUUGGCUGUUGCCAGGGGAGUUGAUGAUUUCCUCCUUCUUGGAAAAACCCACGACAAUGCCCCAGGAGAAGCAUUCGAUAAGGUAGCGCGCCGUUUGAAGUUGGACCUCCACCCCGCAUGUCAAGGUUUAUCUGGGGGCCAAGCCAUUGAGAGAGUGUCUCAGGGAGGUAACAUCAGGCUGCUCAUGGACAAAGACAGACCCUUGCUCAAACACCGAGACUGCAACUUCUCCUUCUCCGGGCUAAGGAGCUUUGCCAGUUGGCUGAUAUACAACCACGAAGUCCAACAAGGUAUCGCCUCUGAUAAUAACGACCUCUUAUCGACAAUUCCCGACAUUGCUGCCUCCUUCCAACACAAGGUGGCGCACCAUCUAGUCACCAGGGUCGCCAGGGCCAUGGAAUUCUGUCGGCAGACAGACAUGCUGCCAGGAACGUCCAAAUCAUUAGUAGUCUCAGGGGGCGUGGCUAGCAACGCCUAUAUUCGCAAUGCCCUGCAAUUCACCUGCGACAAGAACGGGUACCAGUUACACUGUCCCCCACCCGCACUGUGCACAGACAACGGGAUCAUGAUAGCGUGGGCCGGCAUGGAGAAGUUUAAACUUGGCAUCGGUAUUGUCGAGGAUCCACAGAGCAUCCGUUACGAACCAAAGUAUCCCAUGGGGAGAGACAUCUCGGAGCAGGUGAGGGCGGCAGACAUCAAAAUCAAAAGAAUCAAGUUCUGGUGACAAGGUGAGAGGUCAGACUACUGAGCCCGUGACAAGUUGGAAAUCUGCCAAACUUGGAAAUUUCAUGAAAAUUUUUUUGCGUAAAGCUCCAUGCAGUGUGAUGGCAAAUUGUUAUCUUGGCACAUUGCCAAUUUGGCAUUUACUUUCACACUGUAGUUCUGCGUGACUGAUCCCACGUACAAAACGACCACCUCUUUUCAUCAAUUAAAAUACCUGUAUUAUGACAAUUUAUACACAGAAGCAAACUUUCAUUUUAAUAAACAAGUAUUUGCGUAUAAACAACCAUUUUCAAAUAUUUACAAAUUACAUCUCCCUUUUUGAAACACACAACACAUAAUCGUUAUCCCUGUAAAAAAUAAAACCUUAUAUGUACAUUUUUCUAAAUUUAUACGAGGACGGAACAUUUUGAGGUGAGUGAAUAAAACUCAUUGACGAGUAAUAUGGACGAAAAUCCAUAACUGUGAA